UUCUUCCUCCUUUUUUCUUCCUAUUCUAACCCUUUCCUUCCUCCUCCUCCUCCUUCUUCUCUUCUUCCUCUUCUGACCACCAUGCUACCAACCACCACCACCACCACCACCACCGCCACGCCCUUGGAAAAUGAGCUGCAGGGCCUUAUUUCUCUCAUGGCGCCCCCCUGUGGUAAUGAGACGCUCCCCCUGCUGCUCCCGGGACAAACGUGUGAUGGGGAGAACUGUACCCUCGUGGCAUCCAGCCCCGGGGCCACUAUCAUCUCCCCCGUGUUGCUGUGUCUGGCUGGCAUCACAGGACACGUGUUGGCGCUCUGUUACCUGUACAGCGGGCAAAGACGGAGCAGCUCCCACACUGUGUUCUACCUUCUGUUGUGUACCCUCAUUUGGACUGACUUCUUGGGAAAACUCGUCACAACACCAAACGCCAUCAUCUCUUACGCCUUCGGGAGAUGGGUGGGCGGGCGGGACACGUGUCUGUUCCACGGGUUCGUCAUGAUAUUAGUACAGCAAGUUACUCAUUUCACUGUGGCGGCCAUGGCGGUGGAGAGACUGCUCGCCAUCUGCCACGGCUACCUUUACGAGAGACUGGUCACCCACUCACGCUGCUGGUCCCUCUUGGCGUCUUUAUGGGUCUUCGCUCUCCUGCUGUGCCUUCUGCCGCUGUUUGGCCUCGGCGAGCUCUACCUCCAGUACCCAUUCACCUGGUGCUACGUUAACAUACACCUCUGUCCCAAUACUCCGCUCAGACACCGCUUCUUCACCACGGGCCUUGGGGUGCUCGACGUGGGGUGUCUCGUGACGGUGGUAGCCUGCAAUGUGUGUGUUGUGUGAUCACUACUGCGCAUGCGUCUGUCCCGCCAAGUCCCAGCGCACCUCAGCUCCGGGCGGCGACCUUCAGUACAGCGGGAUCAAGAACUUCAAAUGGUGGUGCUGCUGGUUGUCAUCACCAUCGCCUUCGUCGUGUCUUGGGCUCCUCUCAAUAUCAUUCUCGUGAGCAACCUUCUCUGGCCCCCACACCUGACAAGAGAGGAUCAUGUGGGGGAUUUGAUAGCUAUUCGCCUCGUCUCCAUCAGCCAAAUCCUUGAUCCAUGGGUCUAUAUAAUCUGCAGAGUGAUUUUCCAGUCCAAGUUAUGGCGGUCCAUGCGUCGAGCAAUGGUGGGGCGGCGUUGGUCAAGGCGCCGCAGCUCUCACUCUGUCAAAAUCAAGUCUAUAGUGGAUGAAUCUCAGAGUGAACCUUCCUGCGGCCCCGUCCUACAGCCUGCACCUCCCCCAGCCCCACACCCCGUCCAAGAGGGGGUGGGUGGCGUCCCUGGUGUAGAUGAUGACACAGCUCUAGGCAACGGUACCCCGACCCUGGGACCAGCCUGGCAGGGGACUCACACCCUUCAGAAUCCUGCACUCGGGCCUGGGGUAGGGGAAGGCGCCCCCCUCGCCCGCAGCGUCUCCCUGGCCAUUCCUAUCCCUCUGUUUAUCUGCGAGCACUACAGCAUGGCACAGCAUGGGGCUGGCCAUGUCGCCCCGUGCUGCCCUGACCCUGCCAUGCUCCCCACAGGCCAGCAGGUGCUCCGUGCAAGGUCCUGCUGCCUGGAUCACCACCUUCCCCUGCCAGCCAUGCCAGGUGUUCUUCGCAGCUAUUCGUGGGGGUGCAGGGCCAGGGCGGCAGAACACAGACCUCACCACCGCUCCUGCAGCACCCAGACACUCCCAGGGGACGCCCACACCACACACCACGCCCACACACCCACACCACCUGCGAGUGACGCCCAAACAUAAGUCUGUACUUUGAAACGCUUUGCUCCCUCACCAUCAAUGCUUUCAAAGGGCUCCUGUUGAAGAUACUCGUGUUUUAAGAGCAUUUAUAUGUUUCUCGUGAUGGAUUGGCAAGAUUUCUGAAGAUUCUCUGUUUAUAAGAGUAUUUUCAUGUUUCUGGUGAUAGAUUGGUAAGAUUUCUAGUUUAUUAAAAGAAGAAACCGUUUUGAAAGCAAGGCUAGCCGUGUCUGUGGCCUUGCAGAGUUGUCGUAGUGAAAGAAAAAGGCAGAACUGUUUUUCUUCAUAGGCUCCAGUUUAAGAUACUCGUUUUUUAAGGGUAUUUCUAUAGUUCUGGUGAUGGACUGGCAAAAUUUCUAGUUUAUGAUAAGGAGAAACUGUCUUGAAAACCUGGCUAUAGUUGUCUCUGUGGCCUUGGAAAAUUGUAGUGAGAGGGGAAGGCGUUUUUUAAUAUGGUCACUGGACAGUUUAUGGCAGCUAGAGGGAACAGGAAGACGGGUUUGUGUUGCGGGAAAUGAAAUGGGGAGUUUGAAAAGGGAGGAACGAAAAAGAAGGCUGAGGAGAGCAAGACGGGAAAAUAAAUAGAAAGGAAGGAAGUAAACGAAGAAGGCAGAGAGCAAAAAGGGGGAAAUGAAUAAAAAGGAAAGAGAAAAACGAAGGUUGAGGAGAGCAAACCAGGAUAGGGGAAUUAAGCAGGAAAGGUAUUAUGCUUAGAGAAGUGAUAGAGGAGAAAAGAGGAUGAAAUACAGGUAAUAAGUAGAGGAAAGCAAGAAAAAUAUGAAAUCAAUGGGUAGAUUAACUUAAAAAAAAAAAAAUGAGAAUAGGCUGCAUCAAGAUAUUAUGACUAGAGAAGUGAUAAAGAAAAAGGGGAUGAAAUAGAGAUAAUAACGAGAUGGGAAGAAGAAAAUAUCAAAUAAAUGGAGAGAUGAAGUG